GGGGGGGGGGCGUGUUGUGGGCACAUACGACUGUGCCUCACGUGUGACUUGUUAAGUGAGCAUUGGGAUAUCCGUUUAUUUUGAUAACCUUAUAGUGAUUAUGUUUUGUAUUGCCAACAAAUCCAGUUAUUGCUACGCCUAACAUAAGUAUGGAGUACAUAUCAAGCAUGAUGUCCUUGAUCAUUGUUUAGGGUGAAACUAAAAAUAUGGGUGUGUACGCCACAAAAGAUGUAAUCAAUUCACUUUUAUGAUUAAGGGCAGGGUUCAAAGUAUUGGCUGAGUCCGAUACAACUCGGCUACCUCUGAUACGCUACUGACACACGUUACACAACUAUAGUGAGGCACAACUGACUUGGGCUUGACUUGGUUACGACUUGGAGAUAUCGGCUUAGCUCGGAGUUGAAUUGUUAGACUCUAACCGAGUCGGGACGGGAUAUGCAAAAUCCUAGACAAGCCACAAAAAACCAUAAAAAGGAGAAAGGUAGAAGAAAAGGAAUGAGACCCACUUCCAGAUUCAUGGAUUCGGUUUGUUUCGUGACUGAAAAAGUCAAAUGAAAAAGGAAUUGAUAAGAAAUAAAGAACAAAUUAGAGAUCCACCAAUGUUGAAAGCACAUGCAAUUCAUUAGUCUCAACCCUAAAAAGUGACAAAGCAACAAUUAUUCAACCCUAGAUCACACAUUUUUGCAACUAUAGAAACGGAAGAAGGAAUUGAAAAUAUUUUCAAGAAAAACAUAUUAGAACGAAUACAUAGUGCACUUCUUCUUCUUCCUUCGCAUAAGUAGCAGUGGCCCAACCCUCAUCCCUUUUUCCAGGCAACAAUGCAAGGUUCUGACUUGGUCGAAAGGUUUCUCUCCGUCUUCGAUCGAAGGUAUCCCUCUUAACUUCUUAUGUUCUCUGUGUGUGUGUGUGUCUUAGACACUAAUAGAGAGCCACAUUUAACUUAUACAUAACCAAAAAAGACUUAUACUUGUAUUAAUAUAAUAUGUUAUAUCUUUGAUCAUAUGGCAGCAGCAGUGGAUUUUGGUCCUAUUGGGCUAUUGGGUAGUUUAAUAUAAAUACUUUUAUGUAUAUGACAGGAGACUAUCUUGUGGGUACUGUUAAUAUAUUUAUAUACUAAAAUUUUACUUUCAUAAAUGCUUAAAUUAAACACUGAUUAUGAUAAAUAUUACUGAUAUCGCCCUUGUAAUUUAUUUUCAGAAUAUUUCGAUGUUAGAUUUUUUUUUGGACGUAUGAUGCAUGGAUGUUAUUAUUUAUAUAUUUUAAAAAAUUUUCAUGAUAUUCCAGAAUUUUUUUGGCUUUUUUUUAUAGCAUUUUUAGCAUAUCGGCCAACACCGUGCUAUGAUGCUGCGACCAAUGAUGUGUAUUAGUGUCAUCCGAGUCAACAGUCGAUACCUCGACCUUCAACCAUGAUUAAGGGAGUGACUUAAGCAAAUUAAACUGAACUUCCUGAAAGUUGGACAUUUCCCACUUACCAGCUAAGCUCCAUCGUUUGGACCAGGGUUCAAGUCUUGAAGGAUAUGAACUCAUUGAAGGCAAUUUUGUAAAAAACAAGACACAAAAGCUAUUUGGAGUUGGGAAUAUAAAGAGAUUUGUAGCAUACAUAGAUACGUACUUAUGUCAUAUGUAGAUAUAUGUAUUGCACACGUGCAUUUGCACACAUUGUAUGCCAUUUAAUUUCUGUGUCCAAGAGUAUCUAAGAGGCAUUGGCCACAAACCACUUUGUACUUGGACACAAAAUAUGUUGCGCAUGUCCCAAAAGCGUUCAGGAAGUCUUAGUUUCCAGGAUGUAUCUGACAAGGGCACAAACAUAGAGAAAGUUUGUCUUUAAAAGUUUCUGUUCUUCUCAGCGUAUCAGAGUUCGAUGUGCCAUGUGAGUUCUAGCUCUUGCACAGUAGUGUUCAAAUGUAUCUGGUAAUUUUUCCUGGGAAAUUCUUUCAUUAUGCAACGUUUAUAUGCCAGAUAAUUACCUAGUCAGGUAUGGAUGUGUUAUGCAUUACUGCUUGGUGUGUUAUAGUCAUAGUUUCACAAGAGAUUAUAAAACUACUCAGAUCUUGCUGAUUAGAUUGCUGUAUGGAAUUAAUGGAAUGUAAGCUAUUUUUCUCUAUUCAUUAUAUUGGAGUGGCCCCUUUAGUUAUUUAAGAAUGUGUAUGCAUGCUUGUUAUAAAGGUAUGAGGGUCAUAGUUAAAAAACACUAAUUGAAAUUUUUUUUAAGCUAAAACUUGUACUCGUGCCUUGGACUUAACGUAUACUCAUAAAAGAUGUCAUAUUCAGGUUAUCUUUACAGUGUCAUGUUAAUAUUGAGGAAAGCUUCUGUCAAAUGACAAUACUGUGACAUGAGUGGCUACAUUGUCUAAUCUAUCCUAAUCCACAUUCCCACCUUUUUGAUUGGUCACAUUCCCUAUAUUUAUUGAUUUCGAAGGUACUAUGAUCUAAAGAAAUUGUGAAAGUUUGAGUGUUAGCAUUGCUGAUGUAUAUCCAAUAUGCUUCAGCAUCUUAUUUUUGUCUUUCCAAUAAUGCAGAAGGGGAUUUUUUUUUAAAAUUACCAAACCAUGGACAUCUUAUAGUUAUUUCUGUUGUGUGCUUCGUUCUCUUUUUUAGUGACUGAUUGUUGCUAUUCUUAUCUGUAAGGAAUUCGAUCCAAGUCUAGAAUCAAUGGAACAGGAACACCUGUAGAUAAAAAGUUAGGCAUGCAUGGAUGUAGUACUGGAUCUGCUCUAGUCAAUGCCGAGGUUGAUUCCAUGGGGGGAGUUGUUGAAGGUGGAGUUCGUAGUGGCACCAAAGCCUCUCCGCAGCAAGCAGCAAUUGAGAUGGCUCAAGCAGAGCUUAGGCAGGAGUAUGAUGUGCGUGAGGAAAGGAGAAGAGAGUUAGAGUUUCUUGAGAAAGGUGGCAAUCCCCUGGACUUCAAACUUGGGACAGCAGCUUCAGUUAGUGUCCAGUCUACUUCUCUGACAAAUCAACACCAUGAACCAUUUGUGACCAGUGAAGCAAAAGGUAGUUUUGCAUUGACUGCUUCACCUCAUGGUGAUUCUGUUGAAAGUAGUGGUAGACUAGGGGCUCCUCCAGUUUGUGAACCCAAUAGUGCUGAUAAUCUCAUGUUAUUUGAUGCUGAAAAUGAAUUUCUUGGAGGUGAAAGGAACUAUGUACAUCCCAGUAGGAGUAAGAUUGUUCCAUCAGAGCAGUUCUCCCAAUUGGAUGGAAAUCAAAAUGCCAAAAAAUUAGCGAACUCUGCUGUGUUUGACCUUCCAAAAAAGGCAUAUAAGCGACGGUACAGGUCCCGACCAAAUCGAGACGGUGCUCGAUCAAGCUCAAAUGAUGUAGUACCAUCUCGUGCUGGUCACAGCUCUUAUUUACCUUCUCGCAAUGGUCGCAGAGAUCCCAAAGGGCUAGUCACUGUUGCAGACAAUCAGAAGGAGCAGAUUGUUUCCACGAAUUGUGAUCCACCCAGAAGUCCAAAUGGUAUUAUGCUUCUCAAGACAGUACCUUCUGAUAUUCAGUUAGUUAUGAAAUUAGAUGGCAUGCAAGCUGUAGAAUCUACUGGUCUAACCAAUGUUUGUCUGCCUGGUGGUGUUUCAGAUGCUGACACUCCUAAACGCUUGUGGGACAACCAACCCUCACAAGCUGAUUCUCAGGAAACUCCUAUUGAAAUGGCUUCUGAAGCUCCUGAAUCUGUUGGGGGAAGGGAACAGGCGGUUUCAGUGGGUCUUGAAUGUGUGCCUUGUGUGACUACCACAAAAGUGGAUAAUCUAGUGGGUUAUGGUCAGAUGAAUGGGCUCAGCUGCCAAAAGGGGGAUAGGAAAAGCGUGUCAAUUGAAGGUCAAAAUAAUAGUGUUGCAUUUGACAAGAAGGGUUUAGAUUCAGAUUCAUCUUGCACGCAUACAAGCCGUAGCAUUGAUGGAAAUAAUGAUAGUGAAAGGUGUACUAAUUUGCUAAAUAUUGAUUCCAAUGGGAAUAUUAAGGAACGACUCUUAGCAUCUGAAAGGAUGCCAAAUAUGGAAGGUGAUGAAUUGGUUGCAGACAAGACCGAGAUUAAAGCUAAUGACAGUUGUGUUUUAGUUAAUGAUGAUAUCAAUUCUAUUUGUCAAAGCAACCAAGGCAAUGGUUCCAUCAUCAAAACCCAGGAAGAACUAAAUGGAAGCAUACUAGGCUUGCAAAAUGAUGUGAAAGGUCCUAUUGUUAUUGAGGGAAUGGAACCAGAUGGUGUUAAUGGAUCAGAAACAGAAAGCAAACCUAGUUUUUUGUUGGGUGAAAGUUCGAUACCUCACAGUGAAAAUGCUUGUCCUGAUACACUUCAGAAUUCAGUGGAUUUCUCUAAUCAAGAGCUUCCUGAAACUAAGUCUUCUGUUAGGGUUCCAAAUGUAGCCGCAGAGCACCACACUUGUUCCGGUGAGCAACCGAGUGUGGUCAAUGAGGCAGACGAAGAUUCUAUUCUGGAAGAGGCACGGAUUAUAGAGGCGAAGCGUAAGAGGAUUGCUGAGUUAUCUGUUAGUGCCCAACCGGAAGAGAAUCAUCGAAAAUCUCACUGGGAUUUCGUCAUUGAGGAAAUGGCAUGGUUGGCAAAUGAUUUUUCUCAGGAACGUCUUUGGAAGAUAUCUGCUGCUGCUCGUUUAGGUUAUCAAGCUGCUUUUUCUUCACGGUUAAGAUUUGAAGAACAAAAUUCACGUUGGAAGCAAAAAAAUGUAGCUCUUACCUUGGCAAAAGCUAUUAUGGACUUCUGGCAUUCUGUGGAGGAAAAAAGCAACGAGCUGGAGCUGCAAUGUUCUGUUCGGGGAUAUGCAGUUAGAUUUCUAAAAGAGAAUGGGUCCCAUGUUCCACAGGGACAAGUGGAGUGCCAAACAACUCCUGACUGGAUGUCUGAUUUGGGUAUUCUGGACACGUGGGAGGAUAGCUUGAUGGAAGAGAAUCUCUUUUACACAGUUCCUGCUGGUGCGAUGGAAACCUACAGAAAAUCUAUUGAAUCUUAUUUGAUACAAUGCGAGAAAACUGGCAGUAGCAUGCAUGAGGAAGUGGAGACAUCCAUCCAAGACACUGUUCCAGAUAAUGCAUGUGAAGAAGAUGAAGGAGAAACAAGCACAUAUUAUUUGCCAGGAGCCUUUGAAGGUAGCAGGGCAUUGAAAUUUGCUCAGAAGAAACGGAAAAACUUGCCGAAGGCAUAUAGUGCAAGAUCAUAUGAAGUGGGAGCUGAUUUGCCAUUUCUGCAUCGUUUGGAAAAGAAAGUUGGGACUCAACAAUCCAUGUUAAUGGGAAAACAGUCUGCCAACAGUCUCAAUGUUUCAAUUCCAACAAAACGUAUGCGGACUGCCUCCAGGCAGAGGGUCACAAGUCCUUUUAGCACUGGAACAUAUGGUGGUGUUCAGGCACCAAAUAAGACAGAUGCUUCCAGUGGUGAUACCAAUUCUUUUCAGGAUGAUCAGAGUACUUUUCAUGGUGGAUCUCAAGUCCCAAAUAGCAUGGAAGUUGAGUCAAUGGGGGACUUUGAAAAACAAUCACCAUUUGACUCCUUAGAAAUAUCAACAAAAACUAAAAAGAAGAAGAAGAAACACCUGGGUUCCUCAUAUGAUCAACGAUGGCAGCUUGAUUCAAAUUUUCAAAAUGAGCAGAGGGAUUAUUCAAAAAAGAGGCCAGAGAGUCAUCAUCUUGAAUCUAAUGGAAGCAGUGGUUUAUUUGUUCAACACAUUAUGAAGAAGCCGAAAAUGAUGAAGCAAUCGCUGGAUAAUUCUUUUGAUAAUCUAACUCCAAUGGUUGGGUCAAUUCCAUCUCCGGCGGCUUCUCAAAUGAGUAAUAUGUCCAACCCAAAUAAGUUCAUCAAAAUGCUUGGCGGACGGGAUCGGAGUAGGAAAGCGAAGGGGCUGAAGAUGUCAGCUGGACAGACUGGUUUAGGAAGUCCAUGGUCGCUAUUCGAAGAUCAGGCACUUGUUGUCUUGGUACAUGAUAUGGGUCCAAAUUGGGAGUUUGUAAGUGAUGCUGUCAACAGUUCUUUGCAAUUCAAGUGUAUAUUUCGGAAGCCUAAAGAAUGUAAAGAGCGUCACAAGAUUUUAAUGGAUAGGACUGCUGGUGAUGGGGCUGAUAGUGCUGAAGAUUCAGGGUCUUCUCAGCCGUAUCCGUCUACUUUACCCGGAAUUCCGAAGGGCAGUGCCAGACAAUUGUUCCAACGUUUGCAAGGUCCUAUGGUAGAGGAUACCCUCAAAUCUCAUUUUGAUAAUAUCAUUAUGAUUGGUCAAAAACACCCUCACAGGAUGACUCAGAAUAAUAACCAGGACCCAAAACAACUUCAGCAACCUCAUGGUUCCCAUACAAUUGCUCUUUCUCAAGUUUUCCCAAAUAAUCUGAAUGGAGGUCCUAUUCUGACGCCUCUGGAUCUCUGUGAUGCAACUGCAUCUAGCCCCGAUGUUCAUGCUCCUGUGUAUCAAGGCCAUCACUCUACUGAGGUAGGUAUUCCGAACCAGAGUACUGUAGCACAAUUCCUUCCUGCUUCCUCAGUGCAAGGGUCUUCCAAUAUGGUACUUGGCAGUAACUAUUCAUCACCAUCUGGCCCAGUCAAUUCUUCUGUUAGAUAUGGUAUUCCUAGAAGUGCUUCCUUAUCAAUUGAUGAACAGCAAAGAAUGCAACAGUAUAAUCAAAUGUCAUCCGGCAAGAACAUUCAGCAGUCUGGUUUGUCUGUUCCUGGAUCUCUUCCAGGAAGUGAUCGUGGUGUCCGAAUGUUACCUGGUGGCAAUGGUAUGGGCAUUAUGUGUGGCUUGAAUAGAAGCAUGCCGAUGACAAGGCCUGCAUUCCAAGGAAUUUCCUCAUCAACAAUGCUAAAUUCAGGGAGUGUGCUUUCCUCUGGUAUGGUAGCAAUGCCAAGCCCUGUUAAUAUGCACUCUGGAUCUUUUUCUGGUCAAGGAAACUCAAUGUUGAGACCUCGUGAUGCUUUGCAUUUGAUGCGGCCAAGCCAGAGCCCGGAUUCUCAAAGGCAAAUGAUGGUGCCAGACCUUCAGAUGCAGGUCUCACAAGGAAACAGCCAAGGAGUCCCUUCUUUUGGUGGGUUAAGUUCCUCUUUCUCUAAUCAGACAGCCCCUCCACCUGUUCCGUCAUACCUAAUCCAUCACCAGCAACCACACCCAAUGUCCCCUCAACCGACCCAUGCCCACAGCAAUUCUCAUCAUCCUCAAGCACCUAAUCAUCCCCCCAGCAUGCAGCAUCAAGCCUGUGCAAUCCGCUUGGCAAAAGAGAGGCACCUGACGCAGCACAUGCUGCAACGGCCGCAGCAGCAGCAACAACAACAAUUUGAUGUUUCCAACGCUUUGAUGCCACAUGUACCACCACAGGCCCAACUGCCCAUAUCAUCUCCUCUGCAAAAUAGUUCCCAAAUUCAGUCACAAAUUACUUCUCCACCAUUAUCACUAUCAUCUUUGACGCCAACAUCCUCAAUGACUCCAAUGUCACAGAACCAGCAAAAACAUCAGAUGCCACCACAUGGGCUUGGCCGGAGUGCUCAAACAGGUGGCAGUGGUUUGACCAAUCAGAUGGGGAAGCAACGGCAACGUCAGUCACCGCAAUUGCAACUGUUGCAACAAGCUGGCAGGCAGCAUCCUCAAUCGCAGUCUCAACAGCAGAAUAAACUUCUGAAGGGUGUAGGAAGAGGUAACAUAAUGAUGCACCAGAACCUUCCCAUUGAUCCCUCCCUCCUGAAUGGCAUUGCACCGACUCCUGGAAGCCAAUCUACAGAAAAAGGGGAGCAGGUUAUGCAUUUGAUGCAAGGUCAAGGCUUAUAUUCUGGGCCAGGACUAACUCCUGUUCAAGCAUCAAAGCCAUUAAUGCCUCCUCAUUGCUCAAAUCAGUCCCAGCCUCAGCAGAAGAUAUCCAAGCAACUCCAGCAGAUGCCUUCAAACGCUGAUAAUAGCAAUCAAGGUCAUGUUCGACCAGAUGCCUCUGGUCAUUCAUCAUCCACUUCCCAUCAAGUAGUACCAUCAUUGGCAAUGACCUCUUCCCAUCAUCAGCAGCCACAGCCACAGAAUCACUCUAAGUUAGUCAAUCAAUCUCAACAAAAUCUUCAAAGAGUGCUUCAACAAAAUCGCCAAGUGAAUGCUGACCCUGCAAACAAGUUGCAAAGCAGAGAUGCUCAAGCAGACCAGAACCCUGUCAGCAACUCAUCUCAGAAGGUUAUUUCUUCUACUGGUGCUCCUCAAUGGAAAGCAUCGGAACCAUUAUUUGCUUCUGGUAUGCGAAAUCCAGUGACAAAUUGUGCCGGGAGUGAGCCUAUCCCUGUGGCCAGUCACGGACCAGGCCCAAGGCAGUCAUCUGGCAGCUUGUCCCCACUUGGGCAUGAUGUUGAUGCACAGUGGCAGCAGCAGCCAUCACAGCUACCUCCUCCCUCACCACCGCAAACACAGCAGCAGCAGCAACAGCAAUCACCACAACAGCAGCUGCCCCCACACCAUCAUCAGCCACAGACACAACUUCUGCAAGCAGGGAGCGGCAGUUUGUAUGUUGAGCCCAUGUACUCUGGACUGGAAUGAAGCACCAUUAAUAGGCUGAGUAAAUCCUGGGUCAGCUGGACCUGUCCAGUUUGGAUCGGCAUACCCUCAAAGAAGCAGUGUACAGAUGAAGGUCAUCAUUCCAUCACAAUACGGACACAGAUGGUAACUACUUCAGAUUAUGAUAAAGAGUUUACUGAAGGGAUGUUGGAUCUUGCCAGGGCUAAAUUUUGGUUAUAUGUACAUAACCAUUGCCCGGAGCUUGGGGGAGAUAGAGACAGAUGUAGAGGUAUGUGUACAGGGUUCUCAUCUUCCCUCUUUUUUUCGGUUUUUUGUCCAUUUUUUGUUCUUUGGGAUCGGUUCCCUUUCUCAUGUAUGGAGGGGCCUUAUUUCAUUUUGCCCCCAUAUAUUAUUGCCCUUUUGUAUUAGGGGAUAGCUAUCAUUGCUAUAUGGCCAAAGCCUGUGCAAAAUUUUGUGAAUACAAGUUUUGUGAUGUAUAUGAGAGAGAAUGAUUAUCAAUGCAAAGGAAAGAGCAAGAAUGAAUGUGGGUAUCAAUAUAUGUUUUUAAGCAAAUUACACUUGGGAUGGGAUGGCCCUCACAAUUCAUGGAAAAUAUUCUUGUCUUUUUAUUUUAUUUUUUUU